AUGACGCUGACGUCAAAAUUCUCAGCUCCUUCGUCCGUGCAUGAGCCAAAGGACUCGUGGUGGACCGAUGACGACGCACCACCAAUCGGUGAAUACGAGAACCUGGCCGAAUCUGCGGAUACGAGAUGGCAGCAGAUUGAUAGUUGGGCGCUGUCCAUCAUCGCUUCAUCAUUUUCCCACCCCACAAAGAGUGCUCGCAGCCAGUGGCCCGGAUGGCAGCUCAAGUACCUGGGCCUGUCAUGGAUCAUCACGACACUCACCCGGCUUCCUGCCCGUGAUUUCUCCCUCCCCUCAGACCACCCCUUCCGACCACCCCGACUGCUUCUGUCAUCGAAGACUCCAACUGAUAACUGCGGGAGUGGCCCCCUGCAAAUGCGAAUGUGA